AAGGAGGAGACAGCAGAAAGAUGGGGAGUGGAGCCAGUGCUGAAGACAAAGAACUGGCCAAGAGGUCCAAGGAGCUAGAAAAGAAGCUGCAGGAGGAUGCUGACAAGGAAGCCAAGACAGUCAAGCUGCUAUUGCUGGGUGCUGGAGAGUCAGGGAAGAGCACUAUCGUCAAACAGAUGAAGAUCAUCCAUCAGGAUGGCUAUACACCAGAGGAAUGCCUGGAGUAUAAGUCCAUCAUCUAUGGGAAUGUGCUGCAGUCCAUCCUGGCUAUCAUCCGGGCCAUGUCCACACUAGGUAUUGACUAUGCUGAACCAAGCUGUGCGGACACUGGGCGACAGCUCAACAACCUGGCUGACUCCACUGAGGAGGGCACCAUGCCUCCCGAGCUGGUGGAGGUCAUCAGGAAGUUGUGGAAGGAUGGUGGGGUGCAAGCCUGCUUCGACCGAGCUGCAGAGUACCAGCUCAAUGAUUCGGCAUCUUACUACCUGAACCAAUUAGACCGGAUUACAGCCCCUGACUACCUCCCUAAUGAGCAAGAUGUGCUUCGAUCCAGAGUCAAAACCACAGGCAUCACUGAAACCAAGUUUUCAGUCAAAGACUUGAACUUCAGGAUGUUUGAUGUGGGAGGGCAAAGAUCGGAGAGAAAGAAGUGGAUCCACUGCUUUGAGGGAGUCACCUGCAUCAUUUUCUGUGCGGCCCUCAGUGCCUAUGACAUGGUGCUAGUGGAGGAUGACGAAGUGAAUCGUAUGCAUGAGUCACUGCACCUCUUCAACAGCAUAUGUAACCACAAGUUCUUUGCGGCUACUUCCAUUGUCCUCUUUCUCAAUAAGAAGGACCUCUUUGAGGACAAAAUCAAGAAAGUCCAUCUCAGCAUUUGUUUUCCAGAGUAUGACGGAAACAACUCUUAUGAAGAUGCAGGGAAUUACAUCAAGAGUCAAUUCCUUGACCUCAACAUGCGAAAAGAUGUCAAAGAAAUCUACAGUCACAUGACCUGUGCUACAGACACGCAGAAUGUCAAAUUUGUAUUUGAUGCAGUUACAGAUAUCAUCAUCAAAGAAAAUCUCAAGGACUGUGGGCUCUUUUAAUUCUUAUCACUCUUCAAGUACACAUCCGAUAACCAGGCUUGGAAUCUGGCUAAUUUCAAGCAGAAAAGCAUAGAUCAAUAUACCAUGGCAUGAAGAGUGAAUCCAUUCUC